CUGGGCUUACGUUCCCGUACAACUCCUCCUCCCUUUUAUUCUCCUUUACCCGUGACUUCCAUCUUGCAAUUAAUAUGAUGCCAUCGCUCUUAUCUGUUCUACUUCUCAUCCUCUUCUCUCUUCCGCUCUUUCCAUCAUCUCUCUUCCACCCUUAGCCUACAUAUCCCCGACUUCUCAAUUCCCUCUGUCGUCGGAGAUGUCGUCCGGCCAUGUCUUGCCCGAUCAAGUUUGCUACGUCGGUUGCAGCUUCUGCAACACUGUUCUAGUGGUUAAUGUCCCUCACGACAACUCAUUCAACAUUGUCACGGUAAGAUGUGGCCUUUGUGCUAAUAUCCUGUAUGUGAAUCUUGAAGCCUUGCUUGGAAAACUCCCACUUCAGAAUCUUCAGAGUCAUAACCUUGGAUCUCAACACCUUCACAUGGAUUCCGGAUCUUCUUCCACCCGCAACAGGCUAUCAGUGAUGAGCUCGAUGGAUUUCGUUCAACAACAAAUGCAGCUGAUCCAUCCGUCGACCGAGAAGCGACGUGCUCCUUCUGCCUAUAACAGAUUCAUCAAGGAGGAGAUUCGGCGGCUGAAGGCGAAAAAUCCCAACAUUAGCCACAAGGAAGCUUUCAGCGCGGCAGCAAAAAAUUGGGCACACUUCCCCGAGAUCCAUUUCGGGCUAUCCAUCAAUGGGAACAAGCAAGUUUAGCUUCAAGGUCGAUAACGCUGCCUGCCUGCCUGCCCAACCGAGUCACGAUGGUUCUCAUGUCUGUUCUUGAACGGUGUAUGUCUCUCGUAUGGUUUGGUCUAAAUGGAUUGUUUGUUCCACCAUGAAUCAGAGUACU